GCGCCGUCCCCCUUGAGGCGGAAGUUCCUGAACGCUUUGCGCAACUUCCUUUUGGGGCGGGGAAAAUUGAUUUAUCAUGGUCUCUCUGGCAACCAGGAGGAUUGUACCGAAGGGAAAGCUGAUGGAUUAUAUCACCUCCAUGGCCAUCAUCCCCCUGCUCGUUGGCUGCAUGGGAGUCUUCAGUCUCUUCAAGUUGCUGCAGUGGAUACGAAUGAAGGCCUACAUCCAGGAUUCUGUCGUCGUGAUUACAGGGGCAACCUCUGGACUGGGGAAAGAAUGUGCUAAGGUUUUUUAUGCGGCCGGUGCUAAGUUAAUUCUUUGUGGACGAAGUCAAGAGAAGCUGGAAGAGCUCGUCAGAGAGCUGUCUGCUACUCGCUAUAGAAAGACACACAAGCCUCAUGUUGUAGUGUUUGACCUUGCUGAUUCAGACACUAUAGUUCCUGCAGCGAAUGAAAUCCUAAAAUACACUGGUCAUGUGGACAUAUUAAUCAAUAAUGCAGGGAUCAGCUAUCGAGGCACAAUAAUGGAUACUGCCCUGGAGGUGGACAAAAAAGUGAUGGAGACAAACUACUUUGGUCCAGUUGCGUUAACGAAAGCAAUUCUGCCCUCCAUGAUAGAGAAGAAACAAGGUCACAUUGUUGUGAUUAGCAGCAUUCAGGGCAAAAUCAGUAUUCCUUUCAGAUCAGCAUAUGCAGCCUCCAAGCAUGCAACCCAAGCAUUCUUUGACUGCCUUCGGGCAGAGAUGGAACAGCAUGAAAUUGAAGUGACUGUAAUCUGUCCGGGCUAUAUCCAAACCAAUCUCUCUCUCAAUGCCAUUACUGCAGACGGAUCCAAAUAUGGAGUUACGGACAAGACGACGGCCAGUGGCAGAAGUCCUGCAGAGGUGGCUCAGGCAGUUCUCACAGCUGUGGGGAAGAAGAAGAAGGAAGUGAUGGUGGCAGACCUGCUGCCCUGUUUGGCCAUCUCCCUGAGAACUCUGUCUCCUCGGCUCUUCUUCUAUCUCAUGGCAAUGAGAGCCAAAAAGGAAAGGAAAGCAAAGGACUCCUAGUCUUUCUUCAGAGAGGCUUCAUUGAAGACCAAGCACAUGCCUCCUGAUCUUGGUUUGGUAGUGGUAUGUGCAACAAUUGAACUAAUGGAAACAUUAAUUAAAGGGUCUAGCCAGUGGGGAAGGUGGUAGAGCUGUUUACUGCAGGGCACUGGGUAGCCUCUUGUGGCAGGGAAAAGGAACUAAGGAAAUUAGGCUGAGCUCAGAAGGGGAAGGAGAUGCAUCCCAGAAACACGCAUGUCUUUAAUUGUGAAAAAAAAAAAUUUGAAUGGGACUAGCCAGGGUCUGAUGGGAGAAACCACAUCUCCUAGCAGUUCCAAGUUGCUAGUUUUGAUCUCUCCUGUCAAUCAGUACAAUCCUUUGAGUCAGAAGGAAUAUCAGGAUUUUUGUUCCAGUGGUUUGAACUUCUCAAAAAUUACUUAAGCCUGUUAAUCUUCAGUAUACAACUCAUCCCUAAUCCCUCCUGGAAGGCUCUAUACAUUUGAAAAACUAUUUCUUUUGUCUAUUCCACAGAACUGUUCAACUUUUUUUUUGGUUCUGACCUGUGAAUUCUGGGUGUAAGGAACUCUUAGGUGUGGAGAGUCCUUCCACUGACCAUGCAACUUAUUCUUAGACAGUUGCCACGGGCACUAAGAAGUUUAAGUAACUUGUCUAUGGUUACAGUCAGUGUACAUCAGAAGCAGGACUAGAACUCAUGUCUUCUGACUCCAAAGUCAGCCAAGGUGCACAACAUUAUGUUGCUUCUCAUUAAACACUUUAGCAGUGUCUUAGCAUUUAGCCUCCAUGGUAUCCUAGAUUUUAUUGAAAUUGGAAUUUCAGAGAAAUGCCAGAUUCAUCUCCACCCAACAUGAUAAAUAUAAAGUGAUAAAUAAUUGAGAAUACAGCAAUAGAAAUUGAGCAUUAGCUACUGAAAACAAUGCAUGGCUUAGCUAUGGUCCAAAAACAAGAAUUUAGAAAUAUCAUUUGGUAAGGGAAUGAAUCUGAAAGCCAGUGACAUCUAAUCCUUUGGAGGAUCUAGCCAACACUGAGUAUUUGCCCUGUGGCUACCACAAAAGUAAAAUUAGCCACAUGCCACGUGGGGUAAGGGCUUAUUACAUAGUUACAAUGCCUGAAGAGGAGAAUUGGGCUUUUUUUGUUGUUAGUUUGUUUUCCUACCACCCCCAGCCCCAGGUGUCCUGGACAUUCCAGGGAUUCUUGGUUGUGCUAUGAAAGCAGGUAAGAAGGGAAGUGGUUCUCUUCCUACCCCAGAAUACUUGCCGGACACUUAAACAUGCUAUCAUUUAGGCCUUUAUCAUGAGGGAGAACUUUUCCAGUUUUCUUCUCAGCAGAGGAUGAGACUGUAAUCUGUAACCCAGAGACCUGGAUGCCAGUUAGAUUCCUGACCCCAAUUCUGAACAAAAUAAAAAUUUCCUGUAAUUUUCCUUC